AUGAGCCAAAGUACGACCAACGUCAAGGGGCUGCCCGAGUUCUCGCGCCACAUCACGACACAUGAUGCCGACGGAGUGGCUGUCUUUCAGACGCCCGAUCCCGACGCUGAAGAUUUAUCGGCGGCAGCAACAUCGUGUCCCGCUCCGCCCAUAUCGACGUUCCCGACGUGGACCAAUUACCCCGGGUCAGCGUUUGGACUGGCGUACGCAACGCCGACCAUUCCCGCGGAUUGCAAGGCCAACGCGGAUCUGGAGGCAUAUUAUCAAUACUUGCACAGCCAUCCGGGAAUCACCAUCAAGGGUGGAUCUGUCCUCCGUGUGGUCGACAUGGCUCCGGGCACGAUAUCGCCCAUGCACCGUACGGUGUCACUAGACUACGGAGUCGUGCUGGAAGGGGAGGUCGAGUUGGAGCUGGAUUCCGGUGAGAAGAGACUGCUGCCCAGGGGGGAUCUAUUCGUUCAGCGUGGAACCAUGCAUCGAUGGAAGAACCCCAGCGACACGCAACCGGCGAGAUUAUUGUUGGUCCAUCUUGAUAGCACACCGGUGGUGGUGGAGGGCAAGGGGACUUUGCCCGAGACCAUGACUUGA